CGACCCCUGGGCGUGGCCCCGCACAGGUGUGUCUUGCUGCUCGGGUUUCACUGAAACUUCGGCUCUUGGAGGUGCGCGCCAGACCUUCCAGUUAGGGGCUGUGAGAGGGUGGUUUCUCUCCGCCUACCGAGUGGGACUGUGGAGUUUCCAGUGGCGGCGAAUGCCCAGUCCGCCCGGCGUGGGGGCUGCGGGAAGGAUGCGAAGUCUGAGCGCGGCUUGGCUACUGGGGGGAGCCAUCCUGCUGGCGGCCUGCGCCCCUGGAAGCUGUACCACCCCAGGAACCAAUAGAUCCUCUAAAGGGCGAAGUCUCAUCGGUAAGAUGAAUAGCUCAUCUCCUAUCACCGGGAAAGGAGUCUCAGUGGAACCAGGUUUUUCCGUGGAUGAGUUUUCUACCUCCGUCCUCACUGGAAAACUAACUACUGUCUUUCUUCCAAUUGUCUACACAAUCGUGUUUGUGGUUGGUCUGCCCAGCAAUGGCAUGGCCCUGUGGGUCUUCCUUUUCCGAACAAAGAAGAAGCACCCAGCUGUGGUGUACAUGGCCAAUCUGGCCCUGGCUGAUCUCCUCUCUGUUAUCUGGUUCCCUUUGAAGAUUGCCUAUCACAUACGUGGCAACCACUGGGCAUAUGGGGAAGCUCUUUGCAAGGUACUUAUUGGCUUUUUCUAUGGCAACAUGUACUGUUCCAUUCUCUUCAUGACCUGCCUCAGUGUGCAGAGGUAUUGGGUCAUUGUGAAUCCCAUGGUGCAUCCCAGGAGGAAGGCAAACAUCGCCAUUGGUGUCUCUCUGGGAAUAUGGCUGUUGAUUCUGCUGGUUACCAUCCCUUUGUAUGUCGUGAAGCAGACUACCUACAUUCCAGCCCUCAACAUCACAACCUGCCAUGAUGUUUUGCCUCAGGAAGUGUUGGUGGGGGACAUGUUCAAUUAUUUCCUCUCCCUGGCCAUCGGAGUCUUUAUGUUCCCAGCCUUCCUCACAGCCUCUGUCUAUGUGCUGAUGAUCAGAGCACUCCGAUCUUCUACCAUGGAUGAAAACUCCGAAAAGAAGAGGCAGAGAGCCGUCAAACUCAUCAUCACUGUCCUGGCCAUGUACCUGAUUUGCUUCACUCCUAGUAACCUUCUGCUUGUGGUGCAUUAUUUCCUGAUAAAAAACUGGAACCAGAGCCAUGUCUAUGCCCUGUAUAUUGUAGCCCUCUGCCUGUCCUCCCUCAACAGCUGCAUUGAUCCCUUUGUCUAUUACUUUGUUUCACAAGACUUCAGGGAUCAUGCAAAGAACGCUCUCCUUUGUCGAAGUGUCCGUACUGUAAAGCGGAUGCAGAUAUCCCUCACAUCAAAGAAAUUCUCUGGGAAAUCCAGCUCCUACUCUUCAAGUUCAACAAUCGUUAAAACCUCGUAUUGAGUUUUCCAGCCUCUCUGAUGGGAGUUUUAUGGUUUUGCAGUUUGCUUAAUGAUAUGGGGAUGUUUCUUGUUGUUUACCUAACUAAGUGGGUCUCAUUGCAUAUCCUGUAUAUGCAGCAGCUCUCAGGAUGGCUGGGAGCUUCACUGUUUGCACGAGGAAUGUCCCCCAGCUUAACACACACAGCAGUUUCAGAAUUCCUCUACUCAGGUGCUCCCAGGAGUAGAAUUGACAGAGCAGCCUUUUCAGAAGAUGGCGAAAAGGCAGAAUCUUAGUGAUUCUGAAAACUGGUGUUGGCAGGAAGACACAAUUGCUUACUGAAACUACAUUUCUUUUACAUCUGGGGUCAUUCACAGCCUUAUUAGAGCUUAAGAGCCCUCAGAGAUGAUCAGUACUAUUGACUGACUUUACAGAUGAGAGAACUAAAGAGGUGAUGGAAGCUCCCCAGAGUCAGUUUCCAGGCAAUGGCAGCGUGUUAGAUUGGACAGUAGAAUUAGAAUGUUCUUUGGGGUUCUUGUACCACUUCAUCAGAAUCAUUGUGAAUGCUGUUUAAAAAUGUGGACUUGGCAGACUCAGGAAUUCAAGUUCACAACCGGGGAACAGGGCCCAGGAGCCUGCAUUUUAACAAGCCUCUGCAUGAUGUUCAGGCACCCCAAGGUUUGGGGACACUGGUCUGGGUGUCACUGCUAGUUGACAAGGUGCUGCAGUAGUUUUUGAAGAGAAUCAAACAAUGCUUUGUGUCUCUUAGUUAUUCUUGUAACAAAAUCUGUUUGUUGUCUUACUGGGACUUUGUUAUUUCUUUAUUAAUCUGUUGAGCUUUUAUAUGUAUCAUAUUCAAGAAAAAUACAGGCAUACCUCAUUUUUUUGUGCCUUGCUUUAUUGUACUUCAUAGAUACUGUGUUUUUUACAGAUUGAAGAUUGUGGCAACCCAGAGUUGAACCAGUCUGUUGGUGCCAUUUUUCCUACAGUAUUUUCUCACUUCAUGUCUCUGCCACAUUUCAGUAAUUCUCAACAUAUUUCAGACUUUAUAUUCGCUGUCAUCUUUGAUCAGUGAUUCUGACUUUAAUUAUGAUUAUGAGCUAAAAGUGCACAUGAUGGUUAGCAUUUUUCAGCAGUGAUGUACUUUUUAAUUAAGGUAUGUGCAUUGCUUUUUUAGACAUAAUGCUGUUGCACACUUAGUAGAUAGUAUGAAUAUAACUUAUAUGGACCGGGAAACCAAAAAAUUCAUUUGACUUGCUUUAUUGUGAUAUUUGCCUUAUUACAGUGGUCACAACCCAAUUCCCAGUACCUCUGAGGUACAGCUGUACAAUGAGGAUUUUAAUUGUGGAAAUACUAAUUCUGUGUAGUGUCUUACUGACUUCAGCAAAGUACUCAGAGAUAGUCUGAGUAAUAGACCAUUUCACAACUACAAAUGACAUUUACCACUUAAUAUUUUUAGAAAUUAUUAUUGGACUAUUUGUCAGUUUUGUUCACUUGUUACCAGAUAUGAAAUUUUAAGGUCUUCACUGGGUUUGAACCAUAUCUGUUUGGAAAAGAAUGCUAAAGUGGAUAUGUACAAUAUAUUUAAGAGGUACUUAACUCCAAACUGGCUUUAUAACUGUUGUAUUAGUGACUGUAAAAAUUAUUAUACGGUUGAUUUAUGAAUAACAUGACUCAUUUCUGAGUUGUAUAUGGUU